AUGUCUCUGCAUCAGACUCCUUCUGAUUUUAUGUCUCUGCAUCAGACUCCUGCUGAUUUUAUGUCUCUGCAUCAGACUCCUUCUGAUUUUAUGUCUCUGCAUCAGACUCCUGCUGAUUUUAUGUCUCUGCAUCAGACUCCUGCUGAUUUUAUGUCUCUGCAUCAGACUCCUGCUGAUUUUAGGCCUCUGCAUCAGACUCCUGCUGAUUUUAUGUCUCUGCAUCAGACUCCUGCUGAUUUUAUGUCUCUGCAUCAGACUCCUGCUGAUUUUUUGUCUCUGCAUCAGACUCCUGCUGAUUUUAUGUCUCUCCAUCAGACUCCAGCUGAUUUUAUGUCUCUGCAUCAGACUCCUGCUGAUUUUAUGUCUCUGCAUCAGACUCCUGCUGAUUUUAUGUCUCUGCAUCAGACUCCUGCUAAUUUUAUGUCUCUGCAUCAGACUCCUGCUGAUUUUAUGUCUCUGCAUCAGACUCCUGCUGAUUUUAUGUCUCUGCAUCAGACUCCUGCUAAUUUUAUGUCUCUGCAUCAGACUCCUGCUGAUUUUAUGUCUCUGCAUCAGACUCCUGCUAAUUUUAUGUCUCUGCAUCAGACUCCUGCUAAUUUUAUGUCUCUGCAUCAGACUCCUGCUGAUUUUAUGUCUCUGCAUCAGACUCCUGCUAAUUUUAUGUCUCUGCAUCAGACUCCUGCUGAUUUUAUGUCUCUGCAUGCAUCAGACUCCUGCUGA